AUGGCAUCUUCAUCACAAAAGAUACUUGUAACUGGAGGGGCUGGUUUCAUCGGGGCUCACACCGUUGUCCAGCUUCUCAAAGAUGGGUUUCAGGUUUCCAUCAUUGAUAAUUUCGAUAAUUCUUCAAUGGAAGCAGUGGUCCGUGUUCGUGAACUAGUUGGUCCAAAGCUUUCUCAGAAUCUUGAAUUCACACUGGGAGAUCUCAGGAAUAAAGAUGAUUUGGAGAAACUCUUCUCCAAAACUAAAUUUGACGCAGUGAUUCAUUUUGCUGGGCUAAAAGCAGUUGGUGAAAGUGUUGCAAAUCCUCGUCGUUAUUUCGAUAAUAAUCUUGUUGGCACCAUCAAUCUCUAUGAAGUUAUGGCUAAGCACAAUUGCAAAAACAUGGUUUUCUCAUCAUCUGCAACUGUUUAUGGCCAACCUGAAAAGAUGCCAUGUGUGGAGGAUUUCAAUUUACUAGCAAUGAACCCUUAUGGACGGACGAAGCUUUUCCUUGAAGACAUUGCGCGAGAUAUUCAUAAAGCUGAGCCAGAAUGGAGAAUCAUUUUACUGAGAUACUUUAAUCCAGUUGGGGCACAUGAAAGUGGUAAACUCGGCGAAGAUCCUAGAGGCAUCCCGAAUAACCUCAUGCCUUAUAUACAGCAAGUAGCCGUUGGAAGAUUAUCUGAGCUCAAUGUAUAUGGUCAUGAUUAUCCUACAAGGGAUGGCUCUGCGGUGCGGGACUAUAUCCAUGUGAUGGACUUAGCCGAUGGUCACAUUGCUGCCCUACGAAAGCUUUUCGCAACCGAAAACAUAGGUUGUGCGGCUUACAAUUUGGGAACUGGACGUGGUACAUCUGUGCUUGAAAUGGUUGAUGCAUUUAAUAAAGCUUCUGGUAAGAAAAUCGCAUUGAAAUUGUGUCCGAGAAGGCCAGGAGAUGCCACGGAGGUUUAUGCAUCUACAGAGAAAGCUGAGAGAGAACUCGGUUGGAAGGCCAAAUAUGGUGUAGAGGAGAUGUGCAGGGACCAGUGGAAUUGGGCAAAGAACAACCCAUGGGGUUACUCAGGGAAGCCUUGA